AUGGAAGUAAAAGAGGAAAACCCACACGAGCGAUUGAAGCAGAAGCUGAGUGAGCUUGAGAAAGUAUGGACCGCAAUGAAAGAAGGCAAAAGCUCAUCUGCAGUUUCGUGUAUCACUGUGGAAGAAGCUCUUGAGUUAGUGGAAAACUCUCCAAGGAAGCUGAUGAUCUCUCUUCAACACGAUCAAGCUGGUUCAGAGGUAGAGAUGAGAUCACCCUAUAGGAGAAAACUCUUUCACGACUCUGAUGAUGAUGAUGAUGAGACUAGAACGACAAGGUUGUCUCAUUCGACUUGUUGGUCUUCGAAUGUGACGAGAGCUGGAGAUAAUAAUAAUAAUAAGAUUAACAAGAAGCAUGAGAAGAAGAAGAAUAGAGGAAGUAUUGUCAGUGUUUGUGUAAUUGUUAUUUUGCUAUGUGUUUUGGUUGUGUUGAUCAACGGCUUUGAUCAGCUCUCCAUGAACAGAGAGAUCUAUAAUUUGGUACCUACCUGA